CCCGCCGAGGCUCCGCCAGCAGCGAACGGGGCGCGGAGCGGCGGCUCCGGGCCGCGGAGUCCCAGCGGCGGCCGCAGCCCCUCCGACACGGCGCGGCCCCGGGCCCAUCCCGGGAACCGCCGCUAGGUGGGGGGGGGAGCCCGGCCCCGGCCGCCCCGGCCGCACAACAAUGACUUUGGGCAGCAGCGGCGGAGGCGGCUGCGGGAUCAUGUCCGAGCGCUCCCCGGAGGAAGAACCGCUCUCCGAGGUGGAGGACGCGGAUAUCGACGUGGUGGGCCCGCCCCAGGACGGGGGCAAAUACAGCGAGGACGAGGAGGAGGACGACGACGACGAAGAGGACGACGAGGAGGAGGGCGGUGGGCCGCUGGGGCUCGCCCUGCAGCGGAGCGGGGCCGCCAAGGCGCGCAUGGGGGGGUCUCCGGAGCGGCUCUCCCCCGCCGGCGGCUCGGAGCCCGCGUGCGCCCGCGGGGCCGCGCCCGGGGAAAAGGCGCCCGCGGGUGGCGGCGGCGGCGGGGGAAAGAACCCGCUGGUGAAGCCGCCCUACUCCUACAUCGCUCUCAUCACCAUGGCCAUCCUGCAGAGCCCCAAGAAGCGGCUGACGCUGAGCGAGAUCUGCGAGUUCAUCAGCGGCCGCUUCCCCUACUACCGGGAGAAGUUCCCAGCGUGGCAGAACAGCAUCCGCCACAACCUCUCCCUCAACGACUGCUUCGUCAAGAUCCCCCGGGAGCCCGGCAACCCGGGCAAGGGCAACUACUGGACGCUGGACCCCGAGUCCGCCGACAUGUUCGACAACGGCAGCUUCCUGCGCCGGAGGAAGCGCUUCAAGCGGCAGCAGCAGCUGCACCCGCCGCACCCCGAGCUGCUGCUGCGGGCCGGGGCCCGAUCCCGCCGCCUUCCUGCCCGGCUUCGCUACGGACCCUACGGCUACAACUACGGCCUGCAGCUGCAGGGCUACCCCCCGGCCCCCCCCGCACCACCACCACCACCACCACCCCGGCGGCGGGGGCUCCGCGGGCGCUUUCCCUUCUCGGCGCCUCACUGCCCGUUACCGGCUCCGCCGCCUCCCUCCGCCGCCUCCGUCUUCUCGGCCGCCUCCGGGCUGCCCUCGUUCCUGGGCGGCGAGCUGAACUGCAGGAAGUCCUUCUACCACCCCCAGCUCAGCCCUACGGCCCUCCCCGCCGCCCUCCUCCAGACCCUCAAGCCGGACCCCACGCCCGCGGGCAGCGGAGGCACCACCACCACCACCAACCCCUCCCGGCCCUCUUUUUCCAUAGACAACAUCAUCGGGGGGGCCGUGCCCCCGCCGCCCAGCACCAACCCCAGCGCCGCGCCCGCAGCGCCCUACCCCUCGGGCCAGGCGGGCCCCCCGGCGCAGCUCCUGGCCGUGCUCAGCCCCGCCUUGGCCCCAUCGCAGCCCCACGGCGGCCUGGCCCACGAGCCGCUCCUGCAGCCCGCGCAGAACUUUUCCGCUAAAAUCACAAACGUGGGCAGCUGUCAUUUUUAAAGCGUGCUGCGGAGAGGAGAGGCGAAGGGAGAGGGGGUGAGGGGUGGAGGGGUGGAAGGGAGAGUCGCGAACCAAACUGCCCCUUCCCAGCUCUCCCCCAAAUCUCCCCUUCCCUCUCCCCGCUCUCUUCUUCCUCCCCUCAAUCUCCUCCCGUUGUGUUUGAAGGUAGGAUUUUUUUUUUUUUUUUUUUUUUUUUUUGUAAUUUUAUUUCCAGGCUCUGUGGCAUCCGGAUCUGUUUGUGUCUCUUUCGUAGGCGAAAAAGAAAAACAAUUAUCAGGAGGAGGGGGGAAAAAAAAAAUAACCGUAUUUCACCCUGCCAGCACCAAAGCUUAUUUAUAAUGAGGCCCUAACGUAACCAACGUUUGUGGGAGUGGGGGGGCAGAGAAGGGUCUGAGGGUCCGAAAUAUUUUCUUUGAGAGGUUCGGGAGUCUCAAAAUCACAGCAGAGAAUGUGUGUGGGGGGGUUCGGGCUGUGCGGGCUCCCGGUGUGUGUUCACCUCUCCCCUUCUCUCAGAUAAAAUGUUUCAACGGCCCCGUCCUCUUUAUUUUCUUCGAAGCUUUGGGUUUGUCUUUAAAAGGCACCGCUUUAGGGUAUGUGUUGAAGAAGAAGAAAAGUCGGUGAAACUCAGGACUGCGGUUUAAUUAUUAUUAUUAUUAUUAUUGCUAUAUAUAUUUUUUUUUCAAUGGGACGUUCAAAUGUACGUUGAAAGCAGAUCCGAUCCGUCUCGAAGUUCAGAGAUUCCCACCCCGUUUUUUCUCUCCCCUUUUUCCGACCCCAUCCUUGCGUGGGUUUUUGGUGUAUCGGUAAUUAUUUGUAUAUAGAUUAUUCGGGAACUGAUGAGCGGACUCCUCGCUGGUUGUGCAUCCAUCAUAUCUAUUUUAUUGAGAGAGAAUCUGUGAAUCGUUUCGAUGUGGAAAAAAAAAAAAGAAAGAAAAAGGGGCGACGGCUUUUUUUUUUUUUUUUUUUUGGUCCACCCGUUGGUGUAAAUUAAUAAAUGUUUGUGACCUGGUUUUAAAAGGAGGAAAAAAAAAAGAGAGAGAGAGAGAGAAAAAAAAAACCAAAAUCCAAACAACAAAAAGGAAAAUGCCGAUGGUUCUUUGCGAUGUCCUUUGUCACGGAGCCCCGUUCGGGCCUCGGGGGGAGCGCAGCGGUCCCACCGUCGGCGCUGCGCGGUGCGCCCACAGCCGCGGGUCC